CUUAAAAAAAAAACACAACACAUAAACCUUAAAUCAUACAAUUGAGAACAAAAUAGUGUGUGUCUGAGAGAGAGAGAGAGAGAGAAAUGCGUUGUUACGGCUUAACAAUCCCUGGAAGCGAUCAUCGCUUCAUCACACCAACACUACCUCCUCCUUCACUAUCCUUCCGACCCACCACCAUACCCAUGACCCGAAUUUCAUUCGGGUCAUCCUUCCCAAAGCUCAGAGCCACCUUCAACGACGGGGUUGUGGCGGAGGAACGGAGCUUCUACGAUCUUCUGGGCAUACCAGAAUCCGGUUCAUUGAUGGAUAUCAAAAGCGCUUAUAAACAACUUGCAAGAAAGUAUCACCCGGAUGUUUCACCACCGGAUCGGGUCGAAGAGUAUACCAAGAGGUUUAUUCAGGUGCAGGAGGCGUAUGAAACUUUGUCUGAUCCAUCAAGAAGGAUUAUGUAUGAUAGAGAUAUGGCUAGAGGGAUUCAUCUUGCUUUCAAUGCUCGUAAAUGCUAUAAUCAUUCUGAUCAGGUGAGUGAACAAAAGGGUGAAUGGAAGUCUCGUUGGCAAUCUCAACUCGAUGGCCUGAAGAGAAGAAGUGAUAGCAAGGUCAUGGAUGGUGCUGAGAAUACGUCAUGGGCGGCUCGAAUACGCCAGCAGAGGGGGGGAUUGUGACUACAAUUCUCCUUUGUUCUCUAUGUGUAUAAUAACUGUAUAUAUAAAUAUGCAACUCUUCAUACUCUACAUCAAAUCAGAUAUAAAGUUUAUGUUUAGAAAAUAUGUACUUUCCAUUAUGCUUACCAUAUAGUUUACUUGUUUUAGAAAAAAAA